CUGGGGAGCCUUUCGGUUUCCCGUGCCGCCGCGCUGGGCCCCGGGGGCCACCGGGGCCACCGGGGGCUGGCGCCGAGGCCCACCACCGGCCUGACCCCUCGCACCGAUGGCUCUGCACUUUGUGGACCGGUACCGGGGGCAGUUGAUCGGGCGGGUCACGUCGGUGAAACCGCUGCUGGACCUUCUGCAUGGCAAGGUGUUGUCCGAGGAACAAUAUCGGACUGUACUGGCCCGGGCGACCAGCUUCGAUCAGAUGAGGGAACUCUUCGCCUACCUCCCCUCCUGGGACGUGGACGGCAAGGAACUCCUUUACCAGGCCAUAUGGCAAAUCCACCCCCAGCUGGUGGCGGAACUGGAGAGGCAGCCGUCGGAGGGUGUGAGCCUGGUGGAGGAUUACCGGGAGAAGUACUUAAAGCACGUGAAGUGGAAGUUCCAGUACCUGGAGGAGAGGAACGCCCGUCUGGGGGAGAAGGUGGCCCUGGGCCUGCGCUACACCCCGCUGCUGCUGGUGGAGGAACAUCGUAAUCUGCCCCAGCGCCAGCACGAGCUCCUGGCCCUGGGCCGCCCGCCCACUUCCCGGGUCCCGCGCCGGGUCCGCGUGGACGCCCUCUUCGACCCGGACGCGGAGGGCCUGGAGCCCCCGCUCACGGUGGUCCUUCAGGGGGCCGCGGGCAUCGGGAAGACUGUGCUGGCCCGGAAGGUCAUGCUGGACUGGGCGGCGGGCACCCUCUACCCGGGCCGCUUCGACUUCGCCUUCUACGUCCACUGUCGGGAGCUGAACCUGAAGAGGAAGCGCAGCGCGGUCCAGCUGAUCCAGCAGUGCUGCAACGACGACAGCAUCCCGCUCUCCAAGAUCUCCCAGCGGCCGGACCGGCUCCUCUUCCUGGUGGACGGCUUCGACGAGCUCGGCUGGUCCUCGGGCGGCUGGGCGGCGGAGAAGGACGACGACGACGACGACGACGACGACCUGUUCGUCGACUGGAGGGACGAGAAGCCGGUCGGGUCGCUCCUGGCCCACCUGAUCCGCAAGCGGCUCUUCCCCAAGGCCUCUCUGAUCAUCACCACGCGGCCGGCCGCCGCCGAGGGCCUCCGCCCGCUCCUCAGGUGGCCCCGGCGGGCCGAGAUCCUGGGCUUCUCCGAGGCGGAGAGGGCCGAGUAUUUCCACCGCUACUUCCCGGAUCCCGGGCAGGCCGAGAGGGCCCUGGCCUUCAUCCAGGAGAACGACGUCCUCUUCACCAUGUGCUUCGUCCCGCUGGUCUGCUGGAUCGUCUGCACGGGGCUGAGGCAGCAGAUGGAGCGCGGGGAGGACCUCGCCCAGGCCUCCAAGACCACCACGGCCGUCUACCUGGCCUUCCUGUCUUCCCUCCUCCGGCCGGCCCGCCACUUGCCUUCCCGGGUCCCGCCCGCCCACCUCCGCGGCCUGUGCUCCCUGGCGGCGGACGGGAUCCUGAGCCAAAGGGUCCUGUUCCGGGAAGCCGACCUCCGGAAACACGGCCUCCCGGAAGACGGCGUCUCCGCCUUCCUGCACGUGGACGUCUUCGAGAAGGACGCCGACUGCGAGACGCUCUUCAGCUUCGUCCACCUGACCUUCCAGGAGUUCUUCGCCGCCCUAUUCUACCUGCUGGGCCCUGACGAGGCGAGACCCGGGGCCGGGCCGGGCCCCGUGCCGGACGUGCGGACCCUCCUCCGGCACUAUCGGCUGUGUGACACCGGCUUCCUGACGCUCACCGUGCGCUUCCUGUUCGGGCUCCUGAACCGCGAGCGCGUGGCCGACCUGAAGGAGAAGAUGGACUGCGUCGUGUGCCCGGAGGCCCGGCCGGCCCUGGUCGAGUGGAUCAACGCGUCCGCGCAGAAGGAAGUCCUGCCCGGGCCCACGCUCCAGUGGCUCUACUGCUUCUACGAGAUCCAGGAGGUGGACUUCGUGGAGCGGGCGAUGGGGAGCUUCCGGAAGAUCGACGUCGACGUCCGCACCCGGAUGGACCAGAUCGCGGUGGCCUUCUGCCUCCGGAACAGCCGGAACCUGUGCUCUAUCGAACUGAUGAGGUUUUUUAAUGUUCAAGAAGAAGAGGCGGCGGUGGCGGCGGCGGCGGCAGCGGCAGGAACGCCGAAGGCGGCUGCCUACCAAGGGUCGCAAGAUUGGCUGCAGGACACGUUCUGCGAGAGCCUCUCCGAAGCCUCCGCCAAAAACCGAGACCUGAAGCACCUGGCCCUGAAGAACAAGACCCUCCGGGGGCGCGGGGCGGAGCUGCUCCGUAAGGGGCUCACACACCCCAACUGCAAACUCAAGUCCCUGAGGUUGGUGAACUGCGUUCUCCCACCGGACAGCUGCCGGGACUUCUCUUCCAUCGUGAGCACCAACCAGAACCUGUCCGAGCUGGACCUGAGUUCGAAUGCCCUCGAAGACUCAGGGCUCAGCCUGCUCUGUGAGGGGCUGACUCACCCCAGCUGUAAGCUACAGACACUGUGGCUCCAGAGUUGUGCUCUUACAUCGGCCUGCGGCCCGGCUCUUUGCUCUCUGCUGAGCACCAAUCCCAACUUGACCAAAUUGGACCUAUUUAAUAAUGCCCUUGGAGACGCGGGAGUCCGGCUGAUUUGCGAGGGGCUCAAAAAUCCAAAUUGCAAACUGCAGGCCCUGUUACUGCGACACUGCGCCGUCACGCUGAACUGCUGUCCGGAUCUCUCUUCCGUCCUGAGCAUCAACCGGCAUCUGUCCGAGCUGGACCUGAGUUACAACUCCCUCGAAGACGCGGGGGUCUGCCUGCUCUGCGAGGGUCUGAGGCACCCCAACUGUAAACUCCAGACUUUGAGGUUACAGAGGUGCAAGCUGACAUCACGGAGUUGUCCGGAUCUGUCCCAGAUGCUGGGCGUCAACCGGGAGCUGAGGGAGAUCACCCUGCAUGACAACGUCCUGGGAGACGCCGGGAUCUCUGAAAUCUGGGAAGGGAUCCAACAGCCCAGCUGUGGGCUGAAGAUACUCAGGUUGGGGAAAACCGACUUAAGUGAGAAAAUGAAGAAGGAGAUGAAGACCUUGCAGAACGUGAAAGCUGAGCUGAAAAUCAGGUUCCACUGAUGGCAUCUUCCUCCGGACCGACCCCAAGCUGCCUGCGUCGGAUGGCAUCCAGGCCUCGGGCACUGCCCCUCACCAACCUUACCUAUCUGCCCCCACCUGCUUCAAUCAAUCAAUCAAUCAAUCGUAUUUACUGAGCGCUUACUGUGUGCAGAGCACUGUA